AUGCCACAUAUCAGUGCCCAACUGAGCUGCCUUUCAGUGUCACCCAUCAGUGCCAGUCAGUGCCACCUAUCAAUGCCAAUCAGUGCCACCUAUCAGUGCUGCCUAUCAGUGCCAGCUAUCAGUGUCGCCUAACAGUGCCAAUCAGUGCCGCCUAACAGUGCCAGUCAGUGCCGCCUAUCGGUGCCAUGUAUCAGUGCUGCCUUUCAGUGCCCAUCAGUGAUGCCUGUCAAUGCCCAUCAGUGCCACCUACCAGUGCCUCCUAAUCAGUGCCCAUCAGUGCCACCUAUCAGUGUCCAUCACUGCAGCCUCAUUAGCGCACAUCAGUGAAG